GAGCACGAGGCUCAAAAGGAGUGAAGAGGAAAAGGAAGAACUUUAUAUGGACUUAGUUAAGUCUAGAGCUCAUAUUAUUGGGCUAGUGGAGGAGAAGUGCCUCCACGACAAGGUGAGCUUCCUUGGGAGAGAACAUAAAGGGCUUUUAGAGUCUAAGAAUGGUCUUGAGUUUGAGAUUCUCAAACUUAAUAGAGACCUUCACGAAUCACAAUAG